AUGGCCUCUGUGAAGAAGAAAUAUGACAUUGAGAAGUGUAUAUUUAUGUUUAACCUGCAGAACUGCCGGAAAUCUGGUACCAUCAAGCUCCCCAUGAACUUUACUUUGUCUAGAGAGUGCAUGAAGGAGACUACAGCCGCUUUCAAGGCCAACAUGUCCAUCGCUGAUGUCACUCGAGAGGUUUUCCAGGCUUCAGCUCCCGCAUCAUCAGCUCGUUGCUCUACUCCUACCCCCACACAUUCUCUAGCUUUGGUGCCGGUAUCAGGGGGGUCUCGUUCUGCAACCUCCAUGACAUCUGUCCCACCUAAGGCGUCGACUUCUUUUAAGGCUCCACCCGCUUUGAAGGAGUCGGCGGACGACGACGAGGAUGACGAUGAAGAUGACGAUGGUGAAGGCGGAGACGACGAUGACGACGACGAGGAGGAAGACGGUGACGAGGAUGAAGACGGUGAAGAAGAGUUUGGCUCUCGACAUCCAGCUCUUCGUCUACACCGUCGAAACGGCUCACACGCGAGAAGAGACUCAGAUGACAAGAGGAAUUUUAAAUAUUAUCAACCAACGUAA